UGUAAGUUGACCAUAUAAAACUUGAGCAUGAUCAUUUCAAACUAAAGUAUAGGUAGGUUAUAUGCAUUUGUUAUAUUGUAGUUAAUAUAUUUUAAAUAUUACAUAACUCAAGUGAUUCACGUUUUCGUAAAAAUAAAAUUCAAAUUCAUUAUUGGGUCGUACUCGUCCGUAAUAAGCUACGUUAAAUAUGAUGUAUUUUUAGGUUCAUUUAAUGACAUUAAGUUUAAUUUUCAUUAAGUAAAACUCAUUAAUUUAAGUGGAAAAAACAAUCAUUAAAAUAGGUAGGUUCAUUUAAUAACAUUAAUUUUAAAUUUGAUUAAGGAAAACUCAUUAAUUUAACUGGAAAAGACAAACAUUAAAAUAUGUAGUUUAAUUUAAUUUUCAGUGACAUGGAAGUGUAAAUAAGUUAGAAAACUUAAGGGUUUUUUUUAAUGGCUACUUCUCUUUUAAUAAUAUAGAUGCUUAAAAUUUUCAAUACCAAAUUAACGGUCCCUUUAUGACGUUAAAAAAAGGAAAAAAAAAAACAAUUUCCUUUAUGUAAAAGGAAAACCAACCGUCUUAGAAAAUUACUUAUAUAUAUUUAUAUGAGUCAAUUGGCUCAUUAUACAAAAAAAAGAAUAUGAAUAUUAGCAAUCUACCUAUCACAUUAAAUUUUAGUAUCUAGCAAUCAAAGCACAAUUAUGUGGGAUUUUGGGUAUUUACCUAAUUAAGAACAAAGUUGUAUGUAUAGGAUGCAAUUUCUCUAUUUAUAUACCAACCGCCUCGCUCUUUGGGUUGUAUUAUUUUUCUCUCUCGGGUUUUUUGAGUGGGUCUUCGUCAAAAUGAGAGAUUUUUCACUUGGCAGGAAAGUUUCUUUUUGAUGGGUUUUCUUGUAUUCGUCUAAUUGCUGCAAAAAAAAUUUCUGAUUUUUGUGGCUUUGGACAGAACAACUUGUGUAGUUCGUGGACAGAUUCUCCAAACUUCUGUCUAAUCCUUUGCUUUGUAGCCGAAAGAAACUCUCUCUCAAAACAAACAAUGGAAUGCAACGAGGAAGAAGCUAGAAGAGCAAUGGGUAUUGCUGAGAAGAGACUCUUAGAGAAUGAUUACCACGGAGCCAAAACAUUCAUUAACCAGGCAAGGAGUUUGAAUCCAAAUCUUGAUGGUUUACAACAAGCCCUGAUUAUGAUCGAUGUUUAUAUCUCUGCAUCUACCAGGAGAGGAAGAGAAGCUGAUUGGUAUGAGAUUCUCGGUGUAGAUCGCUUAGCAGAUGACGAAACCGUCAAGAAACAGUACAAGAAGUUGGCUCUUUUGCUUCACCCGGACAAGAACAAGUUCAGCGGUGCAGAAGGCGCGUUUAAACUGGUUUUAGAAGCUUGGUCUGAUCAUCAAGGAAAACAUAAAAAGAGUGGAAUGCAGAAACCACCAAAGCCACACGAGCCAGCUCCAUCUAACAAGCCAAAGCCAAAGCCAAAGCCAAAGCCAAAGCCUAGGCAUGAGCCUGAACUAACGCCUAAGUUUGAACCUACUUUUUGGACAGUGUGCAGUAGAUGCAAGACGUAUUGUGAAUUCUUGAGGGCUGAUUACCUUAACAAAACAUUGUCUUGUCCAAAUUGCUGCCGGAGAUUCAUUGCAGUCGAGGCUAUUCCAGAGAUCAUUAAUGGUAGGCCUGUCAUCAGAUUGAGUCCCUCUCAGGAAACGUUUUCUUCAACUUGGGCAUAUGAUAGCAGAAAAAAGUCCACGAGUCAAACACACAAGAGAUUGAAAAGAUGGUUUGAGCCUAAGCUUGAGUCUGAUUCUGUGCCAAGAGAGGAGAAAGUUCGUAACUUUACGUUUUGGACAGUGUGCAAUAGAUGCAAGACGUAUUGUAGAUUUGCCAGGUCUAGUUAUGUUAACAAGAUCUUGCCUUGUCCAAACUGUCGUGAAGAUUUCGUUGCGAAUGAGAUCAUUCCAGAGGUAGUCAAUGGGAGUCCUGUCAUCAAAUUGACUCCACAUUUUCGACCAACAUGCAAAAGCACAAGUGGUGCUUCUUCUUUUACAAGAGCGUCACCAUCUUCUGGUAGCGCAAAAGCUGCAAAUAGUGGACAAGAAUCAGUGAAAUAUUGGUUUGGGGAGUCAUAAGAAUGUUUCUGCUGCUAGAGAGGCUUUGCAAGAAACGAUGGCAGCAACAAGUGCAAACUGUUCUCUUGAAACACAGGAUUUUCAAGAAACCAAAGAGAAGAAAAGCAACACCAUGUUUGUGGAAGUCUACUCCAAGUUCCAGCUUCUGCCAUUUUCUUACUACACCAACGAUCCGGAAAGCAUGACCCGCACAUGAAAAUCAUGUGAAAACUGUCUAGAAACGUUUAAACCUCUACCCUUGAUUGUAUUGACCUAGCCCAAACACACGUAAUGUCGAACAACCACAAUUUAAAUAGAGUGAUCAUCUAUUCUAUUAAAACACCUGUUUGGCCAAUUGAUAAAAGUUGGAUCCAACAACUAUUUUUAACGAUACAUACCUUUUUAAUGUGAUAAUUACUAUGCUUUUUUAAUUUUCAAAACUAGCCACCACGUCAUUUUCUUUUUCGAAAAUAACCACCACUCAAAACACUUGUUUGACCCACUACUUAUGUCGACUGUUUCCUAAUAAUAUGGAGCAUAUCUAUUUUUUCUCACUAUAUAUCCAACAAACAAAAACAUUCCAAGAAUCAAAUCAAUUAUUCUAAAUUCAAUUUCGAAAUUUGAUAACUAAUUCCGUAAUCCCGUAAAAUAUGCCCUCAUCUUAACAAAUACCGUUUUCAUCGCCAUCCUCUCUUUAUAAACAUCGUUCCUACCAUCUACGCUUAACACACUUCUUUAAAGCUUAAUUGACAAUCCAAAUCUAAUUCAGAAAGUACUUUAGGCAUGGAACUCACGGCUUUGGCUGACAUCAAACCAUUCAAAUCAGAAUGGCGUAUUCAAGUUAAGGUGCUCCAUACCUGGAAGCAUUACACAAAACUUUCAGGAGAAACAUUGGAAAUCAUUAUGUCUGAUGCUCAUGUAAGUCUCAUAACUUAGUUUACCUUUUGUCUAUUUUUUCCUCUUCAUUUUUAACUAAUAGAUAUAUCCAAUUCUACUUUCUAAAUCGCUGCAAUUUGUUAUUUUUAAGGGAACAAAAAUUCUUGCUUCCUGUAAGAAGACAUACUUUGAGAAGUUUGCAAAAAAGUACCUGUUGGAACGUGGAGAAACAUUGAAAAUUUCUCCAUCAAUGGCCCCGAUGUUUCCUACAGGCCUACCAAUCAUCAAUACAAGAUCAAUUUCAUCUAUGGAACUGAUAUCACUCCGUCAACCCUGCAAAACGACAGCAUGUUUCUCAGUUUGGUUGAUUUCCAGACUAUUCAAUAGGGAGUAGAAGAUGAAAACAUCUUAAUUGGUAACUAUUGAUAUUUUAAGUUUGAUAAAUACAUUUUGUUAAUUAAUUUUGAUCUAUUUCAGAUGUUAUUGGAGAAGUGACGGAUUUGGGACCUCUUGACACAGUUCUGUGUUCUGGUAAAGAAAGAAAGAAAAUUGAGUUCAGUUUGACAGACCUUCAGUAAGUCAUCCCAUUUGUUUUUUCCUUAUAUCAUAUUACUAAAACUAAUAGUUUGACAUUUUUAUUUUGACAGAGGCCGUAGGAUUGCUUGCUGUCUAUGGGGAAAAUUUGCUGAAAGCAUUCAAGCUAAUUGCAAAGCAGUUGGUGAAGAUACUGUUAUCUGUCUCUUACGUUUUGUGAAAGUCGGCACCUAUAGAGGUAAUCCUCUAUUAUCACUUAUCACUUAUCAUAUCAUAGUACCUUUAAGCAUGGAACUCACAAAAUUGUUUGUUUAUUUAUGUCAGAUGAGGUUCAAAUUUCAAAUUCAUAUGAUGCUUCUCAAAUCUUUUUCAACCCGCCAAUAAUGGAUACUGAGGUCUUUUUGAAAAGGUAUUUAAAUUGUUUAUAAAAUGAAAAGCUAUACCUAUGUUUAUUAAAAUAAAUUUAUUGGGGCUGACUUUAAUAGGGAUGUUGCAUCCAAUGCUUUGACGUUGAUUGAAUCCGAACAAGACAAACUUGAAAGAGAGAUUAGAAGCGAUAAAUGGAUGCAAUACCCAAUCAGAGACAUUGCAGAGCUACUAUCUUCAACUCAGGUAAUAGUUUUGAUGCAAAUUAUAUUCUAACAGUAUCAAUGCUUAAAGGACUACCUUUACUUUUAUAAAUGUAGAUUGAGCAAUGCAAAAUCAUUGCCACAAUUUAUGCAAUUGACAAGGAUUGGGGAUGGUACUAUUUUGGAUGCAAAGCUUGCAACAAAAAGGUCAACAAGAUUUCAACAAAAGUUCAAAUCGUCAAGGGGAAUGAGAUAACAACUCAUUUGUGGUGGUGUGAAAAGUGUGAUGAUAAAGUCACUAAAGUCUUGCCAAAGUAAUACAUUUGUUAAGCGAGUUUUGUUGUCUAUAUUUUAAUUUCAUAAGUUGCUAAUUUAAAAUAUGUGAUGCAGGUUCAGGAUUCAUAUAUGGGUGAAAGAUGGUACUGGAGAAGCUUACCUAAUGUUACUUGACUGGAUUGCAGUUGGAGUUAUUCCUGAAACUGCUGCUGCCUUGCUCAACGGUUCAUUUGAGGAGGUUAUAACCUGUAUUUCACAACUUCAUUAUACACUUUCAGAAUAUAUAACUUCUAACAUAUACUGAAUAUUACAGCUACAAGAUAUUGAAUCUUUUCCUGAGGCCAUUACUGAUUUGGUUGGAAAGACUUUCAUGUUUGGUAUUUACAUUGAGAGUAACAAUGUUGCUAGCAAAGGUGGGAUGUAUAAAGUUGGUAAAGUAUGGAAAGAUCUAAGUAUGCUACUGACUGGUGGUAGCACCACUGAGUCAUGGACUCAGUCUGAUGUGGGAACUACUAAUUUAAGUGGUUCACAGGUAUGGAUUUGUAUUUUUAGAUUUUUAGAAUUUUAACUGAAUGUAUACGACUGCACCAGAUUCAUAUGUAAAUUGUUUGUACAGGGUUCACUUUUAGUUAUCGAAAGUCAGGCAAACGAAGACACUGUGGUAACCCCAUCAUCUAAACGCAAACAACAAUCCAAUGAAGGUGAACCUGACAUAAGUUCUACAACAAAGAAGCAAUGCGCUAGAGUUUUUGUGAAGAAAGAAAAGACCACUAAAGAGGACUCAAGCUCCAAAAAAGUGGCUAAUGAAGAAACCAAAGUGGUUCUUUGUUUGUUUUCUGUUUAUGUUUUCACAAUAAGUGCUUAUUUGCAGAUUUGUUUCAGUUAUUUAAAGUUUAAUUUGUAAUAAAGAUUUCCAAUAUUUGCGUUCCUUUGCUAGAUUAUUUUUCAAUUUGCAGUACUUACAAUUGAGACUUACAUUUUAUUAUAAGAAAAUACUUGAUUACUAUUUUUGAUAUACUGAUUCAAGGAAUCUGCUCACAUUACAUACAUCAUACUUUGUUUUUAUCUACUCUAACUAAUGUUUUAAAAUAGAGAUUUUUAAAUUUAUAGAAAUUUCUUUGAAUUAAAACAAUAGGAAUGAUAUAUUGACCAAUCAGCUACAUGUUAUAGUACUCUGCCAUAUUAUAUAUGAAUUUAAAUAAGUGGUUUCAUGUUAAAUGUUUAUAUCUCCUUAUAUAAAGGAAACUAAAAAGUAUUAAAAUAAUUUAGUUAUCCAAUAAUAAGGGAGUUCAUUAGCUAACCCACGUUGUGUCUAAACAUAACCUUAACACCCAUCAUUACAGAACACCAUAGAUUACGAUAAAACACCAAUGGAAAACUAACUUCUCGAAAUGCAGUUACCAUUACAACAAACAUGAAGAACAAAGAAGACAAUACAAGGAAGAGAAGAACAAAUCAUCAACCUACAUGUCAAAGUCCAGCAGAUUCUAAAUUGACUGAUGGAACCAAAUCCGACUCUGCCUUUAGACAAGUGUUGGGAGAUGUUUCUAAUUUAAAGCCGAAUUUACAAAGUUCCGGGGGUUCUCAGCAUUUUACUCAACCAUCAACCUACUUCGGUUCAGGAAAUCCAUACUAUGGUGCUUUUUCUUUACCCAUGACAUUGUUAUCUGUUACUGUUUUUCUGUUUUCUACUCAGUGAAUCAAUAUAUGCAAUUCAUGCGUCUAUUAUGUUGUUGAUGCACCUACAGACAAAGCUAAAGGAAAGCAGCCUCAGUGUUCUAAGAGGAUUCGAGCAAAUGGUAAGUGGAUCAAUUAGAAACAUAUUACAGAUUUUGACCAGUUCUAUGUUUAAUAACUAACAUUGUUUUUUUGGUUAUUUUGUGAUUGCGAGGAGAUAAUAACAAUGACAGAGUUCAGUUAUCAAACAUCAUAUCAAGAAGAAGUACAUGUCUCAAAAUUCAGCCUAGGAAUCUUUUACCUGCCUUCUCCAAUUCAGACAGUGUCAAGCAACACAAUGAGAAAAUGUGGUCAACAUCUCAAGUGAACGAGUCAAAAAAAGAAGAUGACUUGGAAUCAUCUCUUGACCACAAUUUUACUGGUAGGCAUAAUUAUAUCUAUUCUAUUUUAUUCGCAGCCUUAAAUUUUAUAACACUGUUUUUUAUAUACAGAUGAAGGUGAAGAUUAUAGUGAUCAGAGUUAUGAUGAUGUUAGUAGUGAAGAGAGUGAUUCAUAUGAAGCAGUAUCUGAUAACACUGAAGAAAUAUCUGAUAUAAGUCCUGUACCAGAUGAACAAAGGGCUAGGAUUAUGACUAUGGCCGAUAUAUUUAAAACCAUGUUUGAGGGAGGUCAAUCAUCAUCUACUACACCUCUGCCUAAACUAAACAAGACUGGUAAUUGACACUUUUUCAUAUUUGUAACUCAAUAUCUAUUAUAUUUUCUUACCUUAACCAUCAGAAUUUAUGAAUUUCUUACAGAGUACUUAGAUGAGGGAGAUCCUACUUACAUGUGUGACUACUGUGGGGCGAAAAUGUGGUAUGGUGAACGCAUUGAAAAGAGAACCAAGACCAAGAAACCAAAAUUUUUUUUGUGUUGUGGACAAGGUCAAGUUCAGUUACCAUUACUAAAAGAAUCACCAGAGAUCUUGAAAAAAUUGUUACAUGGUGAUGAUGAGAUCAGCAAAUAUUUUCGGGAAAAUAUCAGGCAGCUCAAUAUGGUUUUUUCUUUUACAUCUCUUGGGGGUAAAGUGGAUAGAUGUCUUCCUCAAGGACGUGGACCAAAGAUGUUUCAACUUCAAGGAGAAAACUAUCAUCUAAUGGGUAGUUUAAAGCCACCAGCUGGAGAAGAAGCCAAGUUUUCUCAACUCUACAUUGUUGACAUCGAAAACGAAAUUGACAAAAGAGCUUCCAUUAUAGUGUAAAGUUAACUCAUUACUAACAACCAAAAUAUAAUAGAUUAUGACCCGCAUAUUGCAAUGGUAUUCUUAUAUUGUCAAACAUCUUACUUUUCAUGCAGGAAAUACAAGAAAAAGGCUGAUAAGGCAAAAAAAGAGAGUCUGAGAAAAAAAGUCAUUGAGAUGAUAGUUGAGAUGCUAGACCAAGUAAAUCCAUAUGUGCAUCAAUUCCGUUCAGCCAGAGAUAGGUUCAAUACUAACCCUGAGACUACUUUUCAUAUGAGGAUUGUUAGCAGUCGAGAAAAAGAUGGACGGACAUAUGAUACUCCUACUGCAUCUGAAGUUGCUGCACUGAUACCUGGGGAUUUCAAUUUGGAAAUGGAUAAAAGAGAUAUUGUUCUUGAAGAGAAGCAAACAAGCAAACAUGAUGGCUUAAACGGAUAAGUGAAAUACAUCCUUCCUAUCUUGCACUACAGUAUCCUCUUAUCUUUACAUAUGGCGAAGAUGGGUUCAGACUUGGGAUUGAAAAAAGAUCAACAGAGGCUACAUCUAAACUGAAGAGGAAAAAUAUCAGUAUGAGACAGUGGUAUGCAUAUCGGAUUCAGGAAAGAGACGGGGAAUGUCAUACACUUCUGCACUCUAAGCGGCUAUUCCAACAGUUUUGGUUGAUGCUUAUACAACUAUAGAAUCUAACCGGCUGUGCAUUUUGAGGAUGAACCAGAAAAGCCUUAGAUCAGAUAGCUUUGAUUCUAUUCAGCAGUCUGAAAACGAUGGGAAGACAGAUAUGAGUGAGCAAGGAAGCCGCUAUUUGUUACCAGCAACUUUCGUUGGAGGACCAAGAUACAUGAAAAAUAUGUAUUUGGAUGCAAUGGCGAUAUGCAAAUAUUUUGGGUUUCCCGAUCUGUUUAUAACUUUCACAUGCAAUCCUAAAUGGCCUGAAAUCACAAGAUAUGUUCAACCACGCAAACUCAGUCCUGACGACAGACCAGAAAUUCCAUGCAGAAUUUUUAAGUGUAAACUGGAUUCUAUUAUGAGUGAUUUAACAGAAAAAAGCUACUUGGAAAGACAGUCGCAUGUGAGUUUUUUUAAUGGUUGUUUUCGUCUGAUAUAGUAUGGUAUUAACUCAAAAUAGUAAUGUGUUUCUCUUUUUUAUGCAGCGAUGUACACAAUUGAGUUUCAGAAACGUGGUCUCCCACAUGCUCAUAUUCUCCUCUUCAUGCAUCCUAACUAUAAAUUUCCUAAACCCGAAGACAUUGACAAGAUUAUCUCAGCAGAAAUACCAGACAAGGAAAAGGAACCAGAGUUGUUUGAUGUGGUAAAAGAUAUGAUGAUUCAUGGUCCUUGUGGGGCACUUAACUGGAAUUCGCCAUGCAUGGAAAAUGGUAAAUGUUCAAAGCUUUAUCCAAAAGAUUUUGUGCAAACAACUUCAGUGAACCGAGAAGGUUUUCCAGUUUAUAGACGCCGUGAAGAGUCUGGUUGCUUUGUAGAGAAAAAUGGCUUCAAAUGCGAUAACAGAUAUGUGAUACCCUAUAACAAGAAAUUAUCUGUUCGUUAUCGAGCUCAUAUUAAUGUGGAAUGGUGUAAUCAGACUGGUUCUAUUAAAUACUUAUUUAAGUAUAUUAAUAAAGGCGCGGAUCGUUGUACUGUUACUGUUGAGCCACCCGAAAAAGGAGGAGCAAAGCGAAAGAAGUCAAACGAUGAAACUACUGGAGUUGAUAAAAAAAUGAGAUCAAAAACUUCUUCAACUGCAGGUAAAUUUUUUUUGAUGUUUGAUUAAAGAUUUUUUUACUUCUGAAUCAGAUCAGGUACAUUACUAAUUUCGAUUAUUAUUAUUUUAGGUAUGUUUCAGCCUGUGAAGGGGCAUGGAGGACUUUCAGUUUCCCUCUUCACUAUCGAUCAGUACCUGUUGAGCGAAUGCAGUGGCACCUACCAGGGAAGCAGAUCAUUAUUUUCAAAGAUGAUGACACUUAUGAGAAAGUGACCAAUCGUGAGCAGAUAGAAGAUACCAUGUUCACUGGAUGGUUUGAACUGAACAAGGUUAGUGCUGUGGCCAGAAGACUCACUCUAGCAGAAAUCCCAACAAUGUUCACUUGGAAUAAGAAGGAGAAAAAGUUCCACGACAGACAGAGAGGAUUCAGUAUUGGUAGGAUCAAUUAUGCCUCAAGGAAGAUUGAACAAGCUUUCUAUUUGCGUGUUCUGCUAAACAUAGUUAGAGGUCCAAGAAGUGAUGAGGAGAUUUGAACAUUUAACAAUGUUGUUUAUCCUACAUAUAAGGCAGCGUGUUUUGCAAGGGGCUUACUAGACGAUGAUCAAGAGUAUAUUGAUGACAUUUUGAGGACGAGUUUCACAGAAUCAGCUUCACAUUUGCGUCAUACUUUUGUUAUGAUGCUGAUGUCUGGUAGUUUGUCUGAGCCAGAAGUUGUUUGGGACAAUACAUGGGAGGUUCUAUGUGAUGAUAUUGAGUAUAAACGAAGAAAGUUACUAAACAGGCCAGGUACAAUAUAAUUUAUUUUUUAUGAUAUCAUAUUCUGAAAAAUUGAAGUUGAAAGUGUUAUAUUUUUUUUUUUGCAGAUCUCUGUUUAAGUGCCCAUGAAAAAAAACAGUUUGUUCUUCUUGAGAUCG